UAUGCCACGCCAAUCCAGCCGAUCGUGCGAUCGAUGCUACGGCAUCAAGGAGAGGUGUUCCUGGGUGGAAGGCUCUAGCCAGUGCCUGCGAUGCUCCCGCCUCGGAUUCACCUGCAGCAACACCCGCCAGCCCAAAAAGCCCGGUCGACGGGCUCUGUCCGCCGCAGCACUGCAGGCCAAUGGCCCAGACACCAGUAGAAGCACCAGCUUGUUGCCGAGAGCCUUCCCGUCGACCGGCCAACUCAAUUUGAUCCAUAGUUGGAUGUCCAACUACGAAACCUUCGACCGCUUUCUCCUGGGCCCCGCCUUCUGGCCGCGCCACCGCGCAGCCCUAAUGACGCACCUGGAACACUCGCAGCCCAUUCUUGAACACGCCUUCUUGGCUUCCGUGCUCUCGGCGACUCAUUCAGAGGGGAGCAGCCGUCACACCAGCCAGCCUGCAGAUGGGCUGUCCACGGUAUACCAGCACGCUGCCUCCGCGCUGCGGCGCCUGCGCGAAUUGCACGUCACGAACCGCCAGCAAGCAUCGACGUGUCUCGUUUUGGGCACGAACAUCAUGCUCUUUGCCAUGUUCCAGCGACCCGAGAACGUGUUCACGCUAUGCCGGCAGACCCUGGUGCUGGUGCGGCCCGUGUACGACACCAUCGACGGGCCCGACCCGGAGGACUUCUUCUUCCUGACGGGCACGAUGAUGCUGGACAUGCUGGGUAGUUUGAUCUACGGGGCCGUGCCGGCGCUGAGGUUCCGUCCCCCCAACGAUUCGGUAUAUGUGGAUCGCUACCUGGGUCUGUCGACAUCCCUCCUCCAGCUACUGUACCGGGUCGGCGAGCUGAAUGCGGCGCUCUCGGCUGCCAGCGAUCCAGAUCUUGCCGUCAAUCCCCGAUCAACCCAAGACCUCGACGAGAUGGAGUCGACGGUGCUCGCAUGGCAGCCCGAUGUUCCAGAGAAGCUCUGCUCGGCCUUCUCGGCGGUGGAAAUCGCACACAUCUUCUGCCAGGUACAAGUGCUGCGACUCUGCGCGCUUCUGAUGAUCCACCGUCUAAAAGUCCCCUUCGGAAUCCAUGACACACCUGCGCGCGCGAUUGCCAUCUCCAUUCUCAUGCAGUUGCAAACCACUCUCGCAGUAACAGGGAAGGCGAUCAAAUUCGCCAUGCUACCCGUCCUUGUAGCCUGCGUCGAGCUGACGACCCAGGAGGAACGGGAUCUGUGGUUGGUGCGGAUCCCAGAAUUAGUAUGCUGCUCGAAGGCGUAUGGUCUAUAUAUCCAAGGGGCUGUCAGGGCCUUCUGGACGGCCCGGGAUGCGGGGGUGGUCUUUCGCGGGUAUAAUAUCAGCCAGUUUGUAUCAUGCACUGAUGACGGGGCGGAGAUGCGUCCGACAGCGGCCUAA